UUCCUCGGAGUCGGCGGCUAAGGUUUCCGCGUAUCGGUUCCGUGAAGAUCGGCUUGCUGGUACUUGCAUAGCCGCGGUCGCGCCGCAUCUGAUUGAUUUAGUUCUCCUUUACGCUACCUCGUGGUUGCCCACGUUGCUGCACGCUGUUUGUGCAAAAUUUCACGUGGGUUUCCUUGUCCGACGUGCUUUCGGCAACAAUCUGUAUGAAGACGACCCUUGUGCGCACCGAACAGAGCCAGUGUCAAUCUAUAAGAUUCUUCGCCGGAAGAAGAUUGUGUAAUCUAGUUGGCACGCAGUGUAGGAAUAUCCGCUAAGCUUCGGUUCUAUCCAGAAUAUACGUGGUUGAAGCAUCGCUUCUUCUCCGCUCAGGCAACACAAACCCGUCAGCGCUUCAGAGCUGUGAAAUUGUGAAAAGUGAAACCUAGUAGUGCUCCAAUAUGUCAGCGAACCACCAAGUGGCUGUGAACGGAACGGCCAAUCAUCAACACAGUGAUAAUAAUCAUGCUACCGAAGUAUCUAUAACGCACGAACAGAUGUAUCGCCGGCGACGCAUUCUCUUUAACAAUAAGGUUUUGGUGGUGCUCGGAGCUCAAUGGGGCGAUGAAGGCAAGGGCAAAGUAGUCGAUAUGUUGGCUGCCGACGCGGACAUCGUGGCCCGGUGUCAGGGUGGCAACAAUGCAGGACAUACUGUGGUGGUAGAAGGAAAGGAUUUCGAUUUUCAUCUUCUACCCAGCGGCAUUAUUCAUGAAAAAUGUGUCUCUGUAAUAGGAAACGGUGUUGUUGUUCAUGUGCCCGGCCUUUUUGAAGAGCUUGCGAAAAAUGAAGCGAAAGGUCUUAAGAACUGGCAAGGCCGACUGAUCAUUUCGAACCGUGCUCAUCUAGUGCUGGAUUUGCACCAGCAAGUUGAUGGUCUGCAGGAGGCGGAAAAAGGUGGCAAAUCGUUGGGCACGACUAAAAAAGGGAUUGGUCCGUGCUACUCCAGCAAAGCGACUCGCAACGGCAUCCGAGUAUCGGACCUUCUGGGAGACUUCAAGGUGUUCGGCGAAAAGUUUGAAGCUCUUGUAGCAAUGUACAAACGGCUCUAUCCCGAUUUUUCGGUGGAUGUUAAUGCAGAGCUUGCUCGAUAUCGCGACUAUGCCGAACGGUUGAGACCGUUAGUGCGCGACUCGGUUUCAUACUUGCACGAGUCGCUCAAGGAGGGCAAGAAUGUAUUGGUCGAGGGUGCGAAUGCUGCCAUGCUGGACAUUGACUUCGGAACUUACCCAUACGUGACGAGCAGCAAUUGCAGUAUCGGUGGUGUAUUGACGGGGUUGGGUUUACCACCACAGGCUAUCGGAGAAGUGAUCGGAGUCGUCAAGGCCUACACUACCCGUGUCGGAGACGGGCCCUUCCCGACGGAACUGCAUGAUGAAAUCGGAUCAUUGCUCCAAAAACGAGGUGGUGAAGUCGGUGUUACGACGCUACGGAUUCGUCGAUGCGGAUGGCUCGAUUUAGCUCUGCUACGGUAUACCUCUAUGGUCAACGGCUACACUGCGAUUUGUUUGACCAAGCUAGACAUUUUGGAUACACUGAAGGAAAUUAAAGUUGCCGUGAGUUACAAUCUGCACGGGAAAAAGAUUGAUUAUUUCCCAGGUUCGAUCACUGAUCUUAGUCAAGUGGAGGUGAAUUAUAUCACCAUGCCUGGUUGGCUACAGUCGACUGAAAAUGUGCGCGAUUUUGCAGAACUUCCUCCACAGGCACAAGAUUACAUUCGGUUAAUCGAAACCGAUCUAGAUGUGCCGGUAAAAUGGAUCGGAGUGGGCAAGGGCCGUGAAUCGAUUAUCUGUGUAAAGGAUUAAAACAAAUACCCCAAACUACUGUUGAGAUAAUGGAAAUGGAGGCGUUUUUUGUGCAUCAUUAGUGUCAUUAUCAUCAUAAAAACAUCCAUGGGGUGGUCUAAAAUUGUACUUCAUUAUCUUCCCGAUCAGAGCUAACCUAUGUAAUUUGAUACCAAUCACCAAAUCGGUCAUCUGCAUCCAAUGCGGUUUGAUAUUUCAAAGGUGUUAGUAUACGCAAUUAGUAAAACCAUGUAAUGGUUGAUUCCUGCUUUUGCUUCAGACGCAAAAAUAAAUUUUAUAAAUGUCAAUUUGGAAAAACUCAACUUGCUCAUCAUCAGAAAACCGUUACACCACAAGCCAAUAAAAUAAGAAAAUUUCAUUGAUUCAUCAAUUUCCAUUUUAUUGGAUGUCAAAAGAGAAUUGAGGUCAGCGCCUACGCACAAUGGAUUAACUGUUUGAUAACUUUUACACUGCAGACCUAAGACCUCAUAUGCGUAUUCUUACUUUUUAAAAAAAAAUGAUCUCCUCAAUGUCCUCAUCGUAUGACAAUGGAGACAGCUUGAGAGAAGAACACAAUUCAAAAACAAUGCUACAAAUAUCCAAGCAAAUGUUAAUCAAAACCAAUCAAUACAAUACAGCUUAUGACGCUUAUUUACCAGUGAAACGUAUCUACUGUGCAUAAUGUAUGGAGACCGUAAAAUGCCCUACGCCAUAGGUAAAGUAGUUAAAAUGCUAAUAUUUGCUAGAUGUGUGCAUAUUAUAAAUAUCCUACCGCAACUAUCGCGAAAGCAGUAUCAUACGCAGUUUGAAUGAAGGUGGUGGCACUUGUACAACAUAAGAUUGCACAGUAGAUAGAAGUAUGUCUAGUGUUUGCCGUAUCAGAGCGUUCCCAAAAAAGGACUGCUCACGAACACAGGCAUCUGUAGUCACUGGCAAUGGAUCAGGAAGCAAGUUUAUUGGUGGAAAUGCGACUUUGCACAACUUGAAAUGCUUUGGUUGAAACAUUUCCAUUUUUCUGAUGUGAAGAUAAAUAAUGUAAAUGGAGCGAUAGAAGAAAAUAUCAGAAAUAGAAAAAUGAAGGACUGUUAAAAAAAGAUUUUGAAGAAAAGAAAACCCAACAAGAACUCACCACUUACACACAAUGCAACCGGGUGCUUAUUGGAAUUAUAAUAGAAUUGUUGUGAAAUUUGUGCUAUAUGAAGUGUUUCGCGGCAAAAUGUAAACGGUCAGCGUUGUGAACAUUAGAGGAUUGCAGCUGCAAUCUUAAACAAGUACACAAAUCUAGGAGCGGUUGAUAAUUAUGUUAGUAUGUCCCGGGAAAAAUUAGUUUUAUUAUGAAUUUUAAGAAAACAAAUUUUAUUUGCCCUAUGCUAUUUUACGUAGUUCUAGAACACGUUGCCUCCGAUUCUGCAACAGUAAUUCAUUUUUACAGUAGAACACAUUGUGCAGAAUAUUAUAAUUAUAAAUUCAGUUUUUAUUUUCUCCUCGCCAUCACGGAAUACCAAUGGCCUAAUCUAAUGGAGUUUGAGUUACUUUCUAACAUCAUCAUAAGUUGCUAUUAUGUUCAGAGCAGUGACCGAGAACAGAAAGUUAUGUGUUUUAAGCAAAUCCAAUAAACAAAUGUCUAUAAUUGAUUUAAUUACUGC